AUGGAGUAUAAAAUGAAAAGGAAUACAGAAUUCGGGGAUAAAUAUCGAUUAUUCAUGCAAGAGUAUGAAGCACUGGGCCAUAUGCAACGCAUAUCAGAGAGGGAUGAAUCUGGUUAUUACACCCCACAUCACGGAGUACUAUCGUCGGAAAAAUUUCGUGUGGUUUUUAAUGCAUCCUCCAAAACAACCACUGGAAUUACAUUGAACGAGUGUCAACUAACGGGAGAAAAACUGCAACCAGAUUUACAGCUGAUCUUGCUAAACUUUAGGAAGUAUCGCUUUGGUGUCACAGCGGACAUUGAAAAAAUGUAUCGGCAAAUUCUAGUGCAUCCAUCUGAACGGAAAUUCCAGAAAAUACUUUGGAGAGCUAGAGAGGGAGAUCCAAUUGGCGUAUUCGAACUGAAGACA